AGUAGUUAUUCGCCAUCUUUGCAACAUGUCGCUUCGGAAAAGUGCAGAAUCUGCGUCGACCAUUAAAAAUUAUACGAUUAUCAGUCGUUGGAUGUAUAAAACUUUAAACGACUGGCGAUUUGCUCUAAAAUUAAAUGGCUCAGACGUGUUAGUCUAUGAAGAAUAUAUUGAUUUUACAACCAAUGCGGACUACUUUGAAAAAUUCAUGCUCAUACUUGGCCAAUAUUGUCCAAAUUUAAUGCAUGUUCGUUUGUUUUUUUCUGGACACAAAAAUGAUACACUAGAAGAGGAUCUUUUGAAAUCCGUUCUACGAUUGCCAAAUGUGCAGUGUUUAAGUCUCUUUGAUGCUCCCAAAAUCGCAUUCACUGAAUUGAAAGAUGACUUUAAUCAGCUGACAACAUUAAAACUGUCUGGAAUUGAUGAGAAGAUAAGUAUUGACUGUUUUGCCGAUAUUCUUGGCUCUAUGGAAAAGCUGCAUAGCUUAGCUUACCAUUACAAAAAUCCCGAGGAAAAAUUUGUUGCCGCCUUAACAAAUCUAACAAAACUUAAAGCUCUAUCGUUGCUUUAUGCACCGGGACCUGAAUUAAAGCAGUUGAAAAAUUGUAACCAGCUAGAAAUAUUACAUCUUUAUAACAUUAAUGAGAAUAUGAGUACGGACGACUUUUUAGAUAUAUUCAAAUCAAUGGCUAAUCUACAUACCUUAUCGAGCAACUUUUUCGAGGAAAAUAGUCAUCUGGCCGGAGAUCUAAACAAAUUAAAUGCAUGUUGCCCACAACUAACUUAUCUAACGCUUAACCGAAAUUUAAAUAGUUACGGAAAGCUCGUCAAUCUAAAAUAUAUGAAAUUUGAUAUGGAUGAUAACAAUUUGUCAAUCGAAGAAUUGAUGAGAAUGCUUGUCCCAUACUAUGCAGACCGAUUGCAAAUUUUAGACAUUAGCACCAGUCCAAAACAUUCACAUACGAUGGAAAUUACCAAGCUUAAAAGGCUUAAAGCUUUUCUAUGUUGGUCAUGGCCCAGCAACUUAUUCAAAUGCCUAUCAGAGAUUGCAGAUCUUCAGCUAUUUUCUUUGGAAACAGAUGAGGAUAAUUUAAUCGAAAACGAUGCAAUAACAAACAUGAUUAAGAUUUCCAAAAAUUUAAAAUACCUACGCCUACCUUUGAAAAACAAAAAAGUUGAAGAAUUGGUUCUUGCAUUGCCGGAUGUUUUAAAUAGACGAAAAUUCAAGCCAGAUAAUCCUUUUGUGCUGUCUUUGAUUGGAAAGAUUGAAGUGCCCGAAAUAGAGCAAAAGUUAAAGGCCCUUCCUCACGGCGAUUUGCUACAGUUGGACUGGAACGGGAAAAUUUUUGCAUCUAAACUUAAGGAUAUCAUCGCAUCCUUACAAAGCUCACAGAAAAUUAUCGUUAAUAAUAUAUACCAAAAUCCAUGCAAAAUGGCAGGUGAUCGCUUGCAACCAGAUGAUCAUUGGAUGUCUAAUAUGAACUACAAAAUUGCUCUCAAAUCGUGUAGUAACAAAUUUAAUCUGGAGUACGAUGAGAUGCUCAUAAACAGAUGCCGAGAUAUGAGCAUUAAUAAUGCUGACUAUGAGCUAUUGAACAUGAUAUUUGCCUUUAAUUUUAAGUACGAAGCACUUGAUACGUACAAUGAAUGUUAAAAAAGUAUAAGUUAAUAUUUGAAAAAUAACUGCAAA